CAUGCAGGAGAACUAUGAGACUGUGACCUCGCUGGGACGCCCCAUUCCCAAACCUGCCCUGAUUGCCCGGCUGGAAGCAGGGGAAGAGCCGUGGGUCCCGGAUCUCCAGGCCUCUGAGGAAAGCAACGUUCCAAGAGGCACCCGCAGAGGUGAUGAGACAAUGAGUGAGACCGAGGAGGGGAAUCCGCACCAGGAAGGUCCUGAGCAAGUGGAACCGCAGGGGAACUUUCUGAGAAGAGCAGAUGGGAAUUUUUUCCAGUGCUGGGAACAGAGAGAAGCCUGGAGGAAUUGGCACAGGUCAGAGAGGAGGCUGGGAAACUGCCAAAGAAAUAAAGUGGACGAGUUUAUUGAAUGCAGGGGAGGAGGCAAGGAUCCUAAGGAAACCUCAGCCCAACAGGCAAAUCCCAAGGAAGAGAAACCCUAUAAAUGCUUGGACUGUGGGAAAAUCUUCAGCUGGAUCUCAACUCUUACUAUCCAUCGCAGACUGCACACGGGAGAGAGACCCUAUAAGUGCGUCGAGUGUGGGAAAAGUUUCAGCGACAGAUCACAGCUUGUUAGACAUCAGAGAACUCACACAGGAGAGAGACCGUAUAAAUGUUUGGACUGUGGGAAAAGCUUCAGUCAGAGCUCAAGUCUUAAUACUCAUCGGAGACUGCACACAGGAGAGAAACCGUAUAAAUGCCUUCAGUGUGGGAAAAGCUUCAUUAACAGAUCAAAUCUCAUUUCACAUCAGAGAACCCAAAUGGGAGAGAAACCCUAUAAAUGCCUUGAGUGUGGGAAAAGCUUCACUGACAGAUCAAGACUUGUUAAACAUCACAGAACCCACACAGGAGAGAAACCCUAUAAAUGCCUCCACUGUGGGAAAAGUUUCAGUCAGAGCUCAAACCUUAUUAGACAUCAGACAAUCCACACAAGAGAGAACCCAUAAAUACUUGGAUUGUGGGAAAAGCUUCAAUAACUGCACGAAAACAUUCAAUCUGAGCUCACACGUUGUUCCCCACUGAAAAACCCACAGAAGUAAGACCUUGAAUGUGGGGGAAGCUUUAUCUGGUGCUCGCAGGGCAUCAAGCCUCAGCACAUUGAUACAGGGAAGAGCCCUCUCAUGUCCUUCUCAUGGAAAAUGCUUCAGUUGGAGCGAACACCACAUUGGACCCCAGAGACUCCUCCCCACUGGAGGGAAAUUCUCUCCGUGCCCUGACUGGGGCUGGCCAUAGUAAAAACUCCAUUUCCUAUUUCCCACCCGCAUCGGUGGCAUUUAACUCCCAGGUAUCCAGCUGCCCAUGUCUGGGGGCAGGUUCCCGCAGCAGCUGACCCGGAGCUGAUCAGUGACCCUCUGGUUUGCCUGGUCUCAGCUAACUGCAGGUAGAGGAGGAGAAGUCCCGAUCAGCCCCUGCUCCCUGCUGCAGCCCUGGCUGCUGAGCUCAGGGGCCUUCCUGCCUCCUGCUCACCUGCUGGGGGAAGGGAGAGACAAACUCCUCCAGAAGCUCCCUCUGCCUGGAUGAAGUUCCCCCUCCUUCCCUUCCCCAAACAACUUCUAUAUUCUGAUCCCCCCAGUGAGCAGAGUGAUUGUUAGAGUCACUGAAUUCCCCCGUUGGGGAGAAAUUGUCUCGUGCCCACAUAGUCUCACAUUGCUCCAGGUUAUGCCAAAACCCAUGUAUUUUUUGUGCAUUGAGUCCCUUUGAGACCAGGAUUAAAUAGAUUCUAAAAGUGCUGGAGCAGGGAUAGGGAAACAAGGUGCUUUGGGUUCUGUGUUAUUUGAGGGUGAUGAGGUGAGUGGGAGGGAUUCCCUCCUCCCCCCUUCACUGUUACGCUCCACCCCGACGCAGCAGCGUCUCUCCGAGCCUUGGGGAGUUCAUCCUCUCCCCGCUCUACCCCCCACCUCCCAGCACGGCACUUGCCACAAUGUUCUUUGCUCUCCACGCGUAGGAAUCACACUCGGAUUCCCUUGAUCCUGACUCAGACGCCUGAGGGCUACAGAUGAAAGUGCCCCACACCUGGAGAGGGACUUCAAAUGAACCCCAAAGCUCUUUGAGCUUUCUGAGCUUAACUCCCUAUUUCCAGCUCUUGGUAAAGUGGCUUCUGGGCUUUUUCCAGCCAAGUCCAGAACAUUUGGAGAUGGGCAGAUUUUGGCUUUAGUUUGUUUUUCUUCCUUUUUUCAUUAGGACGAUGCUAAAACUUUUGUAACUGACACGACCAAAUAAUGAGGAGGUGCUGAGUACAGCAGGUUUAGCCAGUUCAGAAGAAAAUGGAGGAAUUGGUUUUCCUUCUUUGGGGACUUAGGAUUGUGUGAGGUUUCACUUUAUGGACCUGGAAGUGUCCUGUAGCCCACCUUGCAGUGUUGGUUUUUCUAGGGUUACCAUCCGUGUGGGUUUCCCCGGACAUGUCCAGGUUUUUCAG